AGUAACCCCGGAGGGCGUGUUCACUCCGUUUACUCUGCACAGACCUCGAAACACACCGCGCUCUGGACAACUUUUCACUUAACCUUUCACAGACGGAAGUGUCGGAGGCUCUCAAGUAAGGUGUCAUGCUGUGAAAGCUGUGUUGCACUUUCAUAUGAACUUGUUUGCCAAACUCACAAGGAGGAUCGCAUUGCGCAUGCGUUAAUUACUUGGAGGGAUGGAGGAGGAGCAGGUUGACUCUUCUCUUGACCUGAGCCACCUGACAGAAGAGGAGCAGUCCAGCAUCCUGCAGGUCUUACAGCGUGACUUGGAUUUGCGUCAUCUUGAUGAAGGACGUGUAAGGGUCCUCCAGGAGACAGAGAACGAUCCGUCACGUUUGCGCAUCCUGUCCGGAGCAUGGUUCAGCGACGAGAGCGGCAAACGCCAUCGCAACCGGCCGUCGGGCUGCACGCUCGUCCACGCCACCAUACGCCACAGGAAGACCAAGAACAGAGAUGUGCCCCUGCCUGGACUAUUCGAUGGAGAGAGAGCGGAAACCUCCCGGAACAUUAACAGUUCUCCCGAGGCAGAGAGAAGACUGACGGACAGCAAAGAAGAGGAGAGUGGAGGGAGUGAAGGAAGUUUUAAACCUGUACCCGCACCCAGAAAAAACAGUCCUACAGCACAGGGUCUCCAGCAUCCAAAUAGUUUCUCUUCAUCCAAAGAGUGCGAAAGGAGAAGUAAUGGCCACUCAGAGGAACCUGAGGAAGACUUUGGCAGUCACAACGGGGACACCGAGUCUCUGAGCAGCUGCCUGACAGAGCUGGAACCAGCCUCUCUGAAAUCCGGCAGCUCCACCGGCAGCCUUCAUUCGGGCUACACGCUCAGUGGAAGCAUGAUGAGUCUGUUCAGCUCAGGCGAUUUUGGAGUGGUGGAGGUGAGGGGCCGUAUCCAAUUCUCAUUGGUUUACGACACCCAGAAGGAGGAGCUGCAAGUCAAAGUGUAUCGCUGCGAGGAAAUCGCUUCAGCACGCAAGGAUCGCUCUGACCCAUACGUUAAAACCUAUCUCUUGCCAGACAAGUCGAAUCACAGUAAGAAGAAAACUGCAGUGAAGAAGAAGACACUAAACCCAGUCUAUGAUCAGACGCUCCGAUAUAAAGUGCGGGUCGGAGAGCUGCGGAGCCGGACCCUGAACCUGUCAGUGUGGCACGCCGAGCCCCUGGGCAAAAACGUGUUCCUGGGUGAGGUGGAGGUGUCUCUGGGCCUCUGGGACUGGACGUGCUCUCUGCCACAGUGGCAGGACCUGCAACCACGGAUUAAUUUGAAUCCAGACUCCAUUAGCAGCCGUGGGCUCAUCUUGCUCUCUAUUAAGUUCGUCCCAGACGGAUCUGAGGGUGGUGGACUGCCUCUGACAGGAGAGGUUCACAUCUGGCUUCGGGAGGCUCAAGGUCUCCUGGCUAACAAAGGGGGGGCAAUAGACUCCUUUGUCAGAAGCUUCAUACUCCCAGACGCCAGUCGGCAGAGCAGUCAGAAAACUCGGGUGGUGAAGCGCUCCAUCAGCCCGACCUUCAACCACACCAUGGUCUACGAUGGCUUCCACUCCAGCGACCUGAGAGAGGCAUGCGCUGAGCUGACCGUCUGGCACCGCGAAGGUUUGAAGCCGCACGUCCUAGGAGGGAUUCGUCUGAGCUGUGGAACUGGUCAGAGUUAUGGGGAGGCUGUCAGCUGGAUGGACUCCACGGAAGAGGAGGCCGCUGUGUGGACCUCCAUGAUUGAAAACCCAAACCACUGGGUGGACGCAACACUGUCAAUCAGAACCAACCUUGCACAGCGGUCCGUGUGACUCAGACACACCUUGCACACAAACACUCGUUCAAAUAAUCGUUGGACUGAAAGGACACCCUCGGCACAUCAGCACAUAUCUCUGGCACAAUUUCUGUUUUUCAAAUACACAAUACACACACAAACACAAACAGGAAUAAGUAGUGGUGCAGUAUUGUGAAUUAAUGGCGUUGAUCAUAAAUUUAAAAUGUUUUAUUUGUAUGUUUUUGGUUCAGUCUGUUUUAUCUGACAAGUGUUGUAAUCCAUUGUAGUUUAUGAAUUAAAUAUCAAACCUGAACUGA